GCCAAACCUCCCCCCUCCGGAACAAGGCAAUCGUCCGGUCCUCGUUGGGAAGCGGAGGACAACACCGCCCGACCUUUCAUUUCUUCCGCUCCUUGCGGACUUUCUCUCAUGCUUCCUUGAAUCAUGUCCCGGAGGACGCUGGGUGGAGGCCGUGUCCUGGGCGCUGCAAAGACGCUCUCUCCAACGGCUUCAACUCCGUCUCCGCAGCCCAAGCCACGCGUUCUCUCACCGUCCGCUAGCAGCGUUUCGCUCAGCUCACAGGCAUCUGCAUCGCAGUUUUCAUCAGGGACGCAGGACCUUACUUCGCGCAUAUCCUAUGAGAAUGGCGAGACCUCCAUCUCUGCUGCGCCGGCCACGGCCGGCGCCCAGCUGGCCUGCCCUAUCUGCAGCGAAGAAAUGGUGACUCUACUACAACUGAACAGACACCUCGAUGACGUACAUAAGAACCUCGAAAACGAUCGGCAGGAUGAAGUGAAGGACUGGUUCAAAACGCAAAUGGUCAAGGCAAAACGGUUCCAACCUUUGGCGGUUCUAAAUCAAAAGCUCAAGGGUCUGGAUGUGUUUGAAUCGAACGAAAAUGCUACUCUUCCUUUUCCGACACCUACGCGGCCCCUUGCCCCGCACGCAAACGCAGCGGAACCUCCCAGAACGCCCGACCCCGAUGAAGUCAUCACAAGGGAGCAUUGGCAAACACGUGGUCUGUAUGACACUUGCCUGGAGCCGUCUUGUGAACAGCGCCUCAAUGCGACCAACGGCUGCGUGAACUGCCGGAAAUGCGGGAAGCUGUUCUGCGAGGAGCAUACUAUGUACCAGAUGAAGCUGUCACGAUCUGCCCAGCAUGAGCCGGUCAGAGGGUUAUGGUGUCGAGUUUGUGAGACCUGCUACAAGUCUCGAGAGGGGUAUAACGACCACACCGGUUUGGUGAGAGAUCAAACCCAGGCAUUCACGGCUAUGAGAAAGCAGACCGUCGACAAGGCCUUUUUGGAGGCCUCACGCCUGGAAAAGAGGCUAACACGCCUGACUCAGCUGCUGGUCAAUCUACCAGCAGAACAGAUCCAGUCCGGUGCAAACAAACGCUGGUCAAUUGCAUGGCAGCAGAAUGAUCACAGAAAGGCUCUCGAACAGACUGUGGUGAGCUGGCAGGAUGACGCUAGUGUGCCCAGGUGUCCAUUCUGCCAACAAGACUUCACCAGCUAUUCCUUCCGGAGACACCACUGCAGGACUUGCGGGCGGGUUGUAUGUGGUGAUCCGGCCACGGGAUGCUCUAGUGAGAUUGGCUUGACCGUCAAUUCUUUGUCGAAAGUUUCCACGGAGAAAUCUUCACCGUCUGGAAAAGUCAAUAUUGAUGUAAGGCUCUGCAAGGAAUGCCGAGCAACUAUAUUCGAUCAGCGAGAUUUCGAGGCGGACCUGGCGCGGAAACCACCGGAUCAAAAGGCCUACGAAACCCUCAUCCAGUUUGAAAAGGGGAUUCGUCUUUUGCUUCCUAAAUUCCAAAAGCUUUUAAUAGCUUUGCAGAAUCCCAGGAAUCCUCCCUCGAGUGCACAGCUUGCAGAAGCGUCCAAAGUUCGAAAACGGCUCAUCGACUCUUUCUCCCAGUACGAUGUCGCUGCCAGACGCCUUCGCGAUUUGCCCACCAACUCCCCCUCUCAGAAACAUCUCCAGAAAGCUAUUUAUCAACAAGCGAGCAGCUUCCUCCACCUUCACAUGCUCCCGUUGAAGUCUCUCCCCAAGAUCCUCAAGCACGCGACACCAGAGGAACGCCCUUUGAGCGGCGCAAGUACCCCGACUUUAUCCUCGAGAGCUAGCCCGAUGGCUAGCAUAGCAGCCAGCGGUCGACCUCAGGAAUCAGGCCUAGCAUCAAUCAAACAUAAUAAUAUCGCUGUGAGCACCAGCACCAGCAGCCUUGCAAGCGACAACAGUAGUGCUGUCUCGGCAAUGGAGGCAGAAGAAAAGGCGUUGCGCGAACGGCUUAUGGUUCUGGAAGAACAGAAGUUCUUUGUUUCGGAGAUGAUAGCUGACGCGAACCGUCGGCGGAAGUUCGACGAGGUCAGCAGUCUUGCGAUGAACAUCGAGGACCUCAGCCACGAGAUUGACCGCAUCAACGGCAUGCUGAACAGGUUGGACUUCAAGGGUCUUUACACAAACGCGAAGACUUGAAUUUUUCCUCCAUUCAUAGCUCUACCUACCCUAUGUGUUGUUUAGGAUCUAUAACUUGGCUUUGUCAGCGUCAUACAUUUAAAGCGCUAUAUCGCACGCUUACUGUUUUUUCCCUCGUUUCUACGUGGUUUUGGCGUCUAUUUCUCUAUUCUAUUUCAUUGCAUAGCCUCAGGCGUUGCGUUGCCCAAUGGGGUUUUUUUUUCUUGAAGGGUAUAUAAUUAUAUAGUCUUGCCGUGCAUACUUAUACAUGGUAUGCAUAUACUAAAUUGGACAUUCUUAUCACAC